AUGGCGGUGAGAUUGUUUGAAGAAAGCAACCAUGCUGCUGCUUACCUGCAGUACAGAGUGACACCUGAGGAAAUUAUUAAUAAGAUUAUGGACUUCAUGAAACCAAAGGUGGAAAAGAAGUUCAACCUUGCAGUGGAUGUUGGAUGCGGUUGCGGUCAGGGGACCGUACACUUGGCCCCCUUCUUUGACCAGGUUGUUGGGACAGACAUUAGUCCUGCCCAGCUGCACAUGGCUCAGGCUAAUAGUGUGCGCCCAAAUGUGACGUACAGGCAGUGUCCAGCAGAGGAACUACCGUUCGAGUCAAACCAGGUUGACCUCUUGGCGGCCAUGACGGCGGCCCACUGGUUCGACCGCCCGCGCUUUCUGAAGGAGGUGGACCGUGUGCUGAAGCCUGGUGGCUGCCUGGCCCUCCUAAGCUACACGAUGGACUUGGAGCUGGAAUAUGGCGAUGCCACAAGUGCGCUUAACAACAUCUGCGAAGAGUUCUAUGCAGUGUUGCGACCCUUCAGAAACCCUUGUCUGGACUUCUGCUCUUUAAAGAGCUACUUAGAAAUGUUUGAAUCCUGCUCCUAUACGGACAAAGAGUGGAAUGGCUGUCUAAGAGUUAAAAGGACGGUGACGGUUAACAGUUACAUGGGCAUGGUCGAGACUUUCACCAGCUACCGGAAACUGAAGCAGCAGGACGCCGCAGAGGCCAAACUUCUUUCUGAUGAUAUCAGAAACAAGUUGUUGGGCGCCAUGCAGGUGUCCUCACCAGAAACGGAGCUCACCUUGGUGUUUACGUAUUUCUACAUAUUUGCACGCAAACCUUGAUGCUUCGGACUUUUCCAAUAAAACAAGAACUGAAGGUUUCUCCCAUGGCCACUCAUGUGAGUUGCAAGAAAAUACAAUCUCAGCAUGCAUCCUGACUUUUAAAUAAAACUUGAAGUUGAAAAAGAAAAA